CCCGGCCAGACUUGGCCUCAAUCAAGAAUCCAACUGACAAACACCAUGAAACCUCUCCGUGUACUCGUCUUCUCAGCCACAUUACUCCUCACCCUUCAACCAAUCCUGGCCGUCGAUUCCCCUUCAAACUCAUCUGACGACUCAGAAUUCAUCCGUACGAGCUGCGACGCCACCUUAUACCCCGACGUCUGCUUGGCCUCUCUCUCCGCCUUCUCCGGAUCCCUCCAGAAGGACCCUGCCCGCCUCGCCCGUGCCGCCAUCUCCGUCACUCUCAACAAGGCUCGCGACCUCGCCUCCUACUUAGCCAACAUCACGCGCCCCGCCGACGAUUCACGCGCCGCCGCCGUGCUCCGGGACUGCUUCGAGAACCUGAAGGACGCGGCGGAGGAGAUGAAGGGUUCGAUGAGGCAGAUGAGGGAACUGGAGACGUGGACGGGGUCGGUGGAAUCGUUCAGGUUCCAGAUGAGCAAUGUGCAGACGUGGCUCAGCGCCGCUCUCACCGACGAGGAUACCUGUUCCGACGCCUUCGAAGACGUCGCCGACGACCCUGACAAGGUUGACGUCUGCGGGCGUGUGGAUGACGUCAAGAAGCUCACCAGCAAUGCUCUCGCGUUGGUUAACCACUACGCUGAUAAGGCAACUCAUUGAUCCCUACAACGCGUUUCCUUCCUCUUCUUUUUUUUUUGUUUGGUUUGUUUAAAGGUUUUGUGUUUAUUACGCGCCCGUGCAUGAAAAUAGUAAGAUGAAGAUUUCUUUUGUUAUUGGCUAUAAUAAAAAUUUUGAUUUUUCUCU